AUGGUCUGGGGGAUUCGCCAGAAAGACACUCCAGCUCCCACGCUCAAUGACCAGCCGGUGACGCGAGAGAAGCUCCCCGCAAAGCUGCAACAGCUAGUCGACGAAGAAGAAGACUUCUACGACGACCUCUACUCUCCCUACUCCGUCGACUCAACCGACACCCCCUACCGCUACGCCGCCUACGCCAACCGCAUCCGCACAAUCCUCCUCUCCGCCCACCGCUAUGUCGCCUACACCUCCGACAUAGGCGAAUCCUUCCGCCCAGUCGCGCACCCUUGGCUCGUCCGCUCCGCCUACGGAAUCUCCUGGGCCUACCUAAUUGGCGACGUAAGCCAUGAAGGCUACAAGGCAUACCUGCGCAACCGGCGCGCGCUCGUGCCGCCCGGCGAGACGUAUAAGGAUGCUAGCGAGCUUCCGCAGGACCAAAUUAUUCGCGGUAUGGCUACGGGGAAUAUCGCGGGUCCAUUGGGCGAGAGCGUGAGCGGGGAGAAAGAAAAGGAGCUUACGCCGUGGUCUACGACGGAAAUUUCGCUAGCGGAGGAUUAUCGCAUGGUUAUGGCGAAGCGCGCUUUGUUCCAGGGUAUUGCUAGUAUGGGGUUGCCGGCGUUUACUAUUCAUAGUCUGGUGAGGUAUUCCGGAACGAUGGUGAAGGGGGCGAAGAGUACGCUUGUGCGUACUUGGUUGCCUAUUGGGCUCGGUCUCGCGGUCGUCCCGUCUUUGCCUUAUCUCUUUGACAAACCCGUUGAAGAAGCUGUCGACUGGGCAUUCGGCACUGCACUGCGUAUCUAUGGCGGCGAAGACGCCGUUCGUCCUCUGCCCCACCAUGCCCACCACCGUCCUGACGAACAAGGCACCACUCCUUUGGCGGCUCGGCUGUCCUGGGAAGAAUAUAAGAAUGAGCGUGAAAAGGCGCGCGAGCUCAGACAGCAGGCGGGUGGGUCUUCUGUUUCGAGUUGGUUGGGGAGCUUGUCUGGCUCGGGAAAAGACAAGAAGGAUUGA